AUGUACUUGUCAGUUCAUGGCAGAAUGUACGCCGGAGCUGGGGCAGCGAAGCGGUCUGUGGGCGGAUGCGUCGACAGCUGGUUAUCCCGAGUCGCAGGCACCGUCACGUCUGACAGCGACACGGCUGCUAAAUCCGUCAGUCGCGGGUGGCCGGCACUCGUGUUGGUGAGAAUCGCCUCGUUCAAAGCGGCGGCGAGCCUGAGGUGGGCAUCUCCGCGCCGCAAAGCAGCAGCAGCGUUACAGAUGGAUGAGCAGACUGUCCACUGGCGUAGUCUAAGGUCGGGGAUGGUAGUGGAGGAUAUUGGAGGUGCAAUUAACCUCUCGCAAGGUCAGAUUAGCGUUCCAGCGUUCGCUGCUGCUGCCACCCGUCCGUCCCAGAGACAACGGUCAUGCUGCUUUCCUUUCCGUGGUUCGCUGCGGUCAAAGCUUUGCGGGGCCGGCAACGCACUGCAGUGCAAAAAUAGCGUGCCUUUGGGGGCAUACGACUUGGGCUUAGAAGACGAACGGCUGCGAGAACCAAGGGGCCUCUGCUGCUCCGUCGGUGCAGGACCCAUUAUCGUGAGGUCUGGAAGCAUUGUCAAGACUACUGUGGACUCUCCUUGGAGCCAGAGCGUUCUGUUGAAGCUGCAACCUAAACGCGCGAUAACGGCGUGUCGUCGAAAAAGCAACCAGUAUCCUGACUCGAGGUUCCGGAUGGCCAUUGACCUGGACGACUUACCAUACCGGUAA